CCGCGCUCUCACUGCGGAGAGGGGGUCAGUGACAGACGCAUCGCUGCUGAGCGACUGAAUCAACAUGAGCUCCGCCGAAUCUCGUCUGUUUGCGCGCACAGAAUGACGCUCUCCGCCUGAACCCCGUCAGCGCCCAGAUGGACGACGAGCGCAAGCAGCACAAGUUCAUCUCGUUCCUGUUCUAUCAGGCGGUGCGGGACCUGAAGCCCGUGUGGAUGCUCGAGGACAUGCGCACCAUGGAGACGUUUUACUGGGAGGAGGACGCCAAGCAGAGGACGUACAGCCCGUCCGAGGCUCUGCUCUACGCGAUCGUGCACGACCACCGGGCGUACGCGCAGUUCCUGCUCAGCCACUAUGCGCAGGAGGCGCUGGCCAUGCCCGGGGAGCGCUUCUGCUGCUGCCCGUCCUCCGCGCCGCACCUGGCCAUGGCCGUGCGCUACGACAGGCGGGACAUACUGGGCCACAUUCUGCAGGUGGCGCAUCGGCAGCCGGGCCUGCGCUCCUACAUGAACCGCGGCGGCUGCUUCCAUCUGGAGGACGGCAAGACCCCGCUGCACUUGGCCUGCGAGCUGCUGCGCGCGGACGCCGUCAUACUGUUGCUAGGCAACGGCGCGUCCCCGCAGGCCGUGGACCACAACGGCAUGACGCCGCUCGACGUCAUUCUCCAGCAGCUGUGGGACUCCAAGGUGAAUGUGGGGGCCAAGAAGUCCUGCUUGGAUAACCUUCUGAUGUUCAUGCCGGAGAUGCGUUUCAAAAUGAAGAGCUCCCUGCGGAAAGAGCCCGAGCGCUGGUCCAAGGUGCUCGGGGAGGACAAGCUGAACUACCUCAUCGGACGGGACCCGGCGCCGCUCUUCCUCAUCGCUAUGCAGAGGAUCCUGGCGCAGCUGCCGCCCGAGCAGUUCCCCAAGAGCCUGGACAAGCUGCCCAUCCCGGCCUCCCUCAAACCCCUGCCCAAACCCCCCAAACAGCGCAGCCAUCUCAAAGUGGCCUAGACCGGUUCCGCUAGUGUUUGUCUCGGCAUGAAUUCCGUGCGAGUGUGCGUGUGUGUGUGUGUGUGUGCGUGUGUGUGUGUGUGUAUGCGCGCGCGCGUGUGUGUGAACAGGUUUUUCUACACUGGUGAGGACUUAAACCUGAAUACACACCAACUCAUGGGGACUUGUGUCACCUAAAUUUAGGUCACCAUGGGUACAAAAGCUUAUAAAUCAUAUAGAAUGAGUUUUUUUUUUUUUUUUUUUUUUUGGAGAUUGUAAAAAUGCAAAAAGUUUUCUGUAAGGGGUAGGUGUAGGGCGAUAGAAAAUACAGUUUGUACAGUAUAAAAACCAUAACGCCUAUGGAAUGUCCCCAUUGAGAUAAGUAAACGUGUGUGUGUGUGUGUGUGUGUGUGUGUGUGUGUGUGUGUGUGGCAUGAAGUGUGCAAUGGACAAACAAAUGCAUUGUGGUCACAAGCUCACAUGAGCAAUAUUGUCUCCCUGUUUGUUGUCUUAACCUCAUUUUAAGUACAUCAUGUAUAUGAAUUCAAAUCGAUCGUCUUGAUUUUAAAACUUUUCUACCUGAGAUAUGCAAACUCUACUAUAUGAGUUCAUAUGAGAUUUAUUUAUGAAAGCUGUGUGGCUGUAUACCUCAUGGACCUCAUGUGCUAUCUUGAAGCAGUGGAAUGGACCAAUUAAAACGAUCAUGAUCCAAACGGUCUGUGAUUGUCCCGGUCAGGGGUCUGGUUCGGGACGGGGUCACUGUGAUUUCGAGGUGGCUGGAGCUCCAGCAGAGCCUUGCAGGAUCUCAACCUGUUCCUGUGAGAGUGAAGGAGGAACCUGCUGUUGGCUUCGAUCAUACAAAAAAAAGAAAAGAAAAACAUGGGAGUUUGUUUGUUUUUUCAAACCCCUAAAUAAUAAAAACAUCAUUAUUAAUAUCUGAGAAUACUGCUGUCUUCAGAAAAUGGUUAUCACAUAUCCAGUUGAAAACAAUCCUUGAUGACGAAUGAUUAUUUUAUUGUAUUUGUUUGCUUAUGGGACAACAUUUAAGGCUAGUGCACCUUUCUACAGGAGUCAAAAUGUCUUCAGCACUACAUAUAACAGAAAGAAAUGACACGCGUUACCUUUAAAGUCUCCAAUACAAGUUUAUUUUGGUAUUAUUUUGGCAUCUGUAAUGGUACAUUUCAUCUGGUUUGGGUUGUAAAAAAAAAAAAAUUGUUUCCAGCAUCCCCUAAAGCACAAGCCAUUUGGAGGGAAAUUAAUGUUUGAUGAUGGUCAUGCACCAUAUUUCAAGGUCAUUUUAGGAUGACUCAGAUGACUGACAUCAUAAUCAUAAGUCUUAAAUGUUAUUCAAAUAAUGUUAAAUAAAACCCUGUUAUGACUCUG